AUGGCCGAGUGGGCAGAUAAACUUGAGGGUUACACUGGGAAUCUUCCUCUCAUUUCCUAUGGCGUCUCCGGCGCAGUGCUCGUCUUGGAUGACAAAACCGUCAUCAAAAACUUCAUUGGUGGUGAAGAAAGGAAGCUUGACGAAAUCAUUGAGCGGGAGAUAUACGGGCGCCUCGGUCAUCACCCUUCUAUCGUCAAGUGCAUUUCUAUGCACCACAAAGGAAUCAUCCUCGAAAGGCUCGAAUGCUGCCUGCGUCAGCGCCUUAUUGAACUACGGCAGAGAAAUGAACUCCCGACCAAAGGACAAAUUCUGAAAUGGUCCAGGCAGGUCAGCGAGGGGAUACAAUAUAUACAUGGGAAGAACGUCUUCCAGGUUGACAUUGGAACUCACAAUAUUCUGCUCGACAACCAAGACAACGUCAAACUAUGUGAUUUUGCCGGCUCUUCAAUAGACGAAGGGGACUUUACCGUAGUUCCUGGGGGGUGUGAGGGGUUUCACUUGUUUCGCAAAAAAGGCACCAAGCCAAGCAUACACACGGAACUGUUUGCUCUGGGUUCUGCCAUCUUCGAGAUGUCGACAACGUGGCGGCCCUACCACGACAAGACAGACCAUGAGAUUAAAGCGCGGUAUGAUGCCGGCGAGUUUCCAGAUACGGACGACCUGAUUUUGGGACCUGUUAUGCGAAAGUGCUGGUCCUUCCAAUACAGCAGUGCCGCCGAGGUUGUGGACGAGAUCGACAAGAUCAUAGCCGAGUGUUCACCGUCGACAUAUGAUGGCUGGUCACAAGAGGCCGCCCAAGAAGGCGAGCAGAUGGUGAAAAGUUCUCUGGAGGUGUCACGGUGA